AUGAUCCCUCUCAGUAUUCAAGACGUCGUGGAGGGCAUAGCAACAGCUCAAUACCUCUUCAAGACUGGUUUCAGGAAAGCAAACAAUGCCAAUCAGAAAUAUCGAGAGUUUGGGGAGGAUAUCAGGAGCCUUGCCAUCAACCUAAGUCUGCUCUCCCAGGUUGUCAGGCGAGCGGAACAGCAAGCAGGGUCUUUGAAGCGGGCCAGUCGAUCUACGAAACCGGGGUCAGGAGCAAACGCUGCAUCCGUACAAGUCUUGGGCAAUUUUAAAGAAACAUUGAAUGAAUGCCAGAGUCUGUUGAGUGAUGAGACAUACUUCCAAAAGAGCGAUGAAUUCGUGUCGAAUGUCAGCUGGUAUCAUCAGAUUGAUCCCGAGGUUCAAAAGCUGAGAGAGAAAAUUGCUUUUCAUAAUAUAAAGAACUGGAAAGUUACUGAUGAACGCAGAAAAAUCCUAGAAGAUCGUUUCUUAUUAAUCGUUGAUUCGACGGAUGCGAUAUUGAAUGCAGCAGAGCAAUUGGGACAGCAAGUUCGAGGGGACGAUGGAAGAAAAGACCACCUCCCCGUCGUGACGACAGAACCGGUGGGGAUUCCCCCAGAACUGGAAGGCAGUUUCAUAGCCCUUACUCAGCAGGUCUAUCCUGACCUGUCCAUUAUUCCUUUGGAUGUUGGCCUUGAUGCUGCUGUCUUUUAUUUCAACAGAGUCACAAAGACACCGGAGCAACUUCAGCAGAGCGAGAUUAGGUACCUCGUUACCAUAAUCGAUAUCAUGAAAGCGGCAUGGAUUCUUCGAACGGUGAAGGCAACCCACGACUACCAAAUUAUUGCAAACUAUGCGCCACUUGAUGAGUUUGAAGAACAAAUAGAUCGAUGGGGAAUGACGGUUGAGCGAUUCUUUGCGAAGUUUGAUGCGGAACUCUGCGAAGCAAUGCGGCGUCUCCUUGGACGGCACUUACUUCCUCCACCAACACCUGACUUGCUUGAAAUUUUCGAGAAGGAAAGACAAAUAUGGCCAGGAUAUACAGAGCCGGCCCCAAUGAAGGAGACAGAGCUCGCAGAAUUUGGGUCAAAAAUAUUAUUCGCCAACCUGGGGUGCGCUAAUCCAGGCUACACGCAGACUAUGCAACUUUUCCGUCAGACUGAGAAGCGGUUCAACUUGCUUCUUGUGAAGGCAUCUGGGGGAAGAGAGAAAGAAACGACGGAUGGUUUUGAUCUCGAGAAGGUACAGAUAGUUCCAUCUUACGCAAAGAGGACAUGGACCACUCUGGCCUUAGAUCCCCAAACGAUGGUGUUCAAGACAGAUGACAUGUCACCUGUAUCUCGUACACUUGCGUUUUACCAGACCAAAGGCACGUCAAAUGUGCCCUCAACCGAUGCGUUCAAGCUGACGUCGAAUCCAGAUAUGUUCGAGUUCCAGUACGCCGUCACUGGGUAUAAAGUGAUACAUGACGAUACUCGGGUACUUACCACAUCUUAUGAAUCCAAACUACUCGGCGGAAUGCGAAGACAGGAUCUCUGCCGACUCCAGCUCUGGCUCGCACCACCACCAAAUAUCAACAUCCAAACGUCAACGAAAGGUCCCUACUCAUCGCCGAGCUCAACACCUCCUGACUCGAGAAGAGCAUCACAGACGUCAUUCACAAGCAGCAAGUUUGCAAGGAGGAAGUCUUCAGCAUCUGCUCUGUCGAUGUUUUCCUCUGGAAUGCGGUCCUCGUCGUCGUCGAGGAGUUCAGUUGUUAAUGAUCCACCUUCGCUGCCAAACUUUGACAGUUCUGCGGGUGCUAGCAGUACGAAGGUGGCGAUCUAUAGCGCCCCUGUGCUACCUUGUAUCGUUCUGUUCGCUCAUAAAGCACCAGCGCAUGAUGGCGAGCGAGAAGAGACCCUGAGAUCUUUCCUCGUCGUGGACAUCAGCACAGAUGUAACUGUUGAGCACGAACUCAGUGAGAGCGAUGAUACUCACAGUCAAUCAUACAGUUGUGUCAUCGAGCGCAAAGGAUCCUACCUCCCUGCGCGACGGUCACCAGAAACAAGCGACGCCAGUAGAUGGGACCUGGCAGCUGCUGGUAUGCACAAACGGCUGACAGGGACUGAAGUUCUGAAAAAGCUGAAGCAUGUCAUUAUUCAAUUUGACGCACAUACAAACCUCCAACAAUUUAUGACCAAGUUUAGCCAGGCGAAAGAUCUGGCGAAGUUGAGGCUAGCACAAUAUGUGCAGGCCACUGGCUAA